UUUUCAAUGAAAUUUCCUUAAAAGUUAUGAGAUUUUGAUGUUCUGUAGAGAGAUGGUACAUGGUUGGCUUUUCCCCACUUUUUGAUUCUAGUUAAAGCAGGAAGAACCUGUAUUGCAGGAUUAUGAGGUCUCAGGUUUUGUUUCUCAUUCUUCAUCAGGUUUCUAUUGGUAGAUGGGGAAAGUCUAUUAACUGUUCCUUAUAGAACUGACAUGAGAGGAUAAUUGUGGAUAUGGCAGAAGGGGUGAUCAGAGUUUGAGGUUUAAGUCAAGGUCGAGGGUCGUCUCUGGUAGGUUUGGAUCCAAGCGAAAGCUGCCUGGCCACGUCAACUCCACCGUACCUUCAAGGGAGAAGGGCUUGCAAGUCGAUCCAAACCCUUUAUCGAGCUCAGCAAAUCUCGGGGCGGUAGAGAUCAUAUCUCUAGUUGGCUUGUGAACCAGGGCAUGUGGUUGGACUCCGAGGGAUCUGCCGACUGGAAGACUAGUAUGCAUAGUAGGGACAGGAGAGUGAGUGGACGAGAUAAUGCUGAUGACGCAAACUGGUCUGAAAUGGAAGUUGAUCUGUCCUUCACUUUCCUUCAGCAGGUGAAGAGAAAAAAAAGUCAGACAUGAUAUUGUGGACAUAGAAUCUUCGAAUGGUGGUGAUGUUUUGUGCAGGUGUCUAAGCGCCCUUUCAUAUCACUUGCUAACUAACUGCUGGCUUCUCAGCCAAGGUUGAAAUAUAGGGUUUUGUUUUUUGUUUUUACUGG